AUGCAGCUAGAAGAACCUCAGUGGAAAUCAAAAGGUGCCCGACCCCCCAGGUUGAUCCCUUGGGUCUUUGCUGUUGUUUUCAUCUUGCUUCUCAGUGCUUGCUUCAUCACAAGCUGUUUGGUGACUCAUCGUUACUUUUCACGCCGGGAGAGAAGACUAGGAAUGAUGAAGCUCUCAGACUACCACACAAGGCUAACGUGUACCCAAGGGGAGCCAGAGCCCGGAGCUACAGGGGAUACCUGGAACUGUUGUCCUGCUGGCUGGAUAGCCUUCCAGUCUAACUGUUACUUUCCCCUUAAUGACAACCAGACGUGGCAUGAGAGCGAAGGGAACUGCUCAGGGAUGGGCAGUCAUCUGGCGACCAUCAACACUGAAGCAGAGCAGAACUUUGUGACUCAGCUUUUGGACAGACAAUUUUCCUAUUUCCUGGGACUUAUCGAUCAGAACAUUGACGGUCUGUGGCAGUGGAUAGAUCAGACACCAUUUAACCCACACAUGGUAUUCUGGCAUAAGGGUGAACCCAACAACUAUAAGAAAGAAGACUGUGUUGUUCUUGUUAAUGUUAAAGAUAAAUGGGCCUGGAAUGAUUUUCCUUGUCACUUUGGGGCAAGUAGGAUUUGUAAGUUAUCUGGAGUAACAUUCAGUUGGAAGCCUACGAAGAGGACCUUAUGA